AUGCAUUUCUUAGGUUUUAUACCUGUUCACGAUAUGGUUACGAGCCAAAAAAAAAUCUCCCAGUCAGACCAAGCAUGCAAAGCUAUGUCAAUACGCACCUACGCAUGCACUUCUGUGAGCUUCAUUCUCGAACGCAUUGUAGCGGCUGGCAAGGAUUACCAACGCGAGGACAUUGGUUUGCGAGAAGAUCUCAUCGAGUUAGGCAGAGAUCUGUUAGCAGCACUUGAAAUCCCAAGUGAGUUUUUGCGGAGAAGCUUCUGGUCUGAGCCCGCUCUGUCAGCACACUGCAAGUUGGCUGUUCAGCUUGGACUAUUCCAAUACCUGAAAGAUGCAGGCGAGACCGGCAGUAGCAUCGACAAUCUUACCCAAAAGACAGGAGUCGAUACAUCGCUGCUCCAAAGAAUCCCACACCACCUAGUUUCCAUGAAGCUUCUCACAUUCUCGAAUGAAAAGUUCCUCGGAACACCCCUCAGUGACGGACUCGCAGCGGAGAACUUCCAGAAAAGCAUCGAUUUUUGCUACGAUGUCGCCAGGCCGAGCUUCAACUGCUUUCCUACCUUCUUCAAAGAGAUGGGCUACAGAAUACCAAACCCCGGCACAAACGGUCCAUUCCAGGCUGCACACGGUACAGAGCUGCCGUUUUUCCCGUGGUUGGGAGCCACGCCCCCGCAUCUCGAUGAGUUCGACAACUUCAUGUCAGCGUACCGGGCCGGGAAACCGAAUUGGUACAGCGUAGGCUUCUAUCCAGUAGCGGCCUAUCUCAUUGAGGGCUUCGAUAAGGACGCCAGUGAAACGCUGCUUGUAGAUAUUGGGGGUGGGCGUGGCCGCGAUGUUCAGCAGUUCAUAGCAGAACACAAGGCACAUCCCGGGAAGAUUGUUCUCCAAGAUCGAGAGCCUAUUAUUGCUAGUGUUUCAAAUCAAGACAAGCUACCCUUUGAGUUGCAGACCGACGAAGAGGGAAUCAAGAUCCUUGAGAAUCUGAGGCCUGCGCUCAAGUCUGGGUAUUCCCAGGUUUUACUGGUUGAGAUUGUGGUUUCGGAGGAGGAGCCCACUAUCGCGGAAACGGCGGCGGAUAUGAUGAUGUUGGCACAUCUUGCUGUGCGGGAGAGAACUAGGGUAGAAUGGGAGGGGGUAUUGGAGAAGGCUGGAUAUAGAUUGGUGGGAUUCUACAACUUCCCGGGUGUUGCGGAGAGCGUUAUUGAAGCGGAGCUGCGAGAAGCUCCUUGA